AAGCGCCUCCUAGACGUCGAUCAGGGGGCAAGUGUACAGAAAAGUUUUAAUUUUCAACAUGGGAACAUGUUUGAGGGGCUCAAAUCUUAUAUUUAAAGCAAAGCAAAUCCACAGAGUUCAGCUAGUCUCAUGUGUAUCAUGUUCUCAACUACAAAGUGCUUCAAAGGAUACAUAUCCAAAAAUAUCUGCUCCCAAGAAGAUAGAGAGGUCCCCAACAGCAUUGUUAGAGGCUCUUGAAGAAACUAUCGGGCAUGAAUGUAGAAGUUAUGGAAAGUUCACCAUUGAUGAUCCAGCUUCUUAUUAUCCACAUAAUAGAAAGGCAGCAAUCAUGCUUGCCAAAGCUUCAGGGAGGAAGACUGCAAAGAUGAUGGCCAAAAUGUAUUCUCCUUUGUUUGAAGGAACCCCCACUCAUGUGCCCGUGGAACCACCUGUUGAGGGUUAUAAUAUAACUGUAGCGAAAGGGAACGAAGAAAAUUUAGAAGAAGCUGUGACAGAACAAAUAGAACUACGAGAUGCUUGUGAAGUGUUUGACCUCUGCAAGAAAAUGAUUCCAGAAGGGAACGCAGUGUCUGCUCCAACAGCUGAACAACUCAUUCACUUCCUCAGUUUCUACCACCAGCGGGACUACACAGCCACUGAACCCGAGGAGAUUGAAUUACUGGACAUCUUUAAGCCCGAAAAAGACCGACAACUGGAUGGCAUUCUAAGAGAUUUAUUUUUAGCCUAUGAAGGAGAAAAGUCUCCAGAGCUGUACAAUUCUUACAUUCGGCGAUUCAUCACUCCUGGUUGUGAGUUACAGAAACAGGAGUGCUUGCAGAUCUAUGAAACAAUGAGGAAGUCUCAAGUACCAUUGGAAUGUAAAACCUAUCACUACCUCCUCAGCCAUCCAGAAGUAUUCUAUGAUAAGUCUCUACAGAGCUCAGCAAAGGCAAUACAGCAAAUACUGAAUGACAUGAAGAAGGCUGGUUACCAUCCGACGGUAGAAACCUUCAACAUGGCUCUAAUGGGGCUGGACUCCACCGUCCGGAGUAAGAAAACAAGUGAAAAUGUGGAGUAUGGAUUGAAACUGAUCGCUGAUAUAAAAAACCUAGGCAUUGAGCCCACUCUGGAUACAUGGAGCAUAUUUAUGUUGCUGUUUGAUACACCAGUGUACGGAAAAGGCCCAGUGUCUGGUGUAAUGCGAGUUAUGAAUAAUGUAAUGGAUCAUAUUGAGGGCAGAAAGUUCGAGAACGUGGGCCCAGAGGGCAGGAAAUUCCUCAUGAGAGCAAUGAAUAUUGCCCUCCUUCACCAAGAUCUAGAGUUUGCUUACAGAAUUGAUAAUUUCUACAAAACUGGACAGAAUUAUAAACUUUUGGAUGACUAUCAACAGCGUCUGUAUAGGAUGAUGCUGUUUAUCUUAGCUGUACACAAUGAGUCGGACCUUGUCAGGACUGUAUCUCUCUACACAGCAUUACAACCAAUGGAUGAAGUGUUCUCCUAUAAAUGCCUGAGGAAGUUCAUCACCGACCUUACUGUGACCAAGUCGUACAAGUUUAUUCCAGAACUACUGCCAUCUUUUUAUGUGGCUAACUUCUGCUUAGAAGAAAUAACGAGUUUCCUAAGUAAAGAAAAACAGCCACCACUGGUGCAGGCCAGAUUGAAUGAUUUUGUGGAAAUAAAGUUACAGGGUUUAACGAACAGGGCAUCCAGGCAGAUGUACAAGCUGCAGGUACUAGAGAACUUGAUGGUUAUUGCUUUGAAUGGAGAAAACAUCAAUUUAGCUUGGAAGAUAUUUACAUUCAUAACAGGAAAGAGAAAGGAAUUGUUUGGUGUGGUAAAAAGGAUACAGCCCUACACUGGACUGUUGGACCAGUACAUCGCAGCAGAUGACCUGGGGAAAUGUGCAGAAGUAAUGAAGUUUCUGGUGAAAGAAGUUCCAAAAGAUGUGAUCCAAAGUUUCGGAGAGAAAAUUUUUGUUAAUGUACCCAUGAAUGAGUUGGAGAGGCAACAACUGAACAGAAUUCUAGACAGAGGGACUGGAAAGAAAAUAAAAUUUCAAUAGAUAAAUAAAUAUUUAUAGACUUUA